AUGACUCGAUCAAAUAAAGCUGCCUCUUCCGAACAGAUGAAUGAUGAAAAUCAAAUAGGCCCAUUUUCUAUUGUACCAAAGUAUGAUUGUCCUCAUUUGGGUGAUCACGCGUAUGUAUUACUUCAAUCGACUCAAUAUGAUGAACAUCAUCAACCACCUUGUGUUGAUUGUAAUAAAACACAAGAGAACUGGGCUUGUCUACACGAAAACUGUAAUUAUAUUGGUUGCUCUCGUUAUCAGCAAAAGCAUAUGUUAAAUCAUCAUGAAUCAACUGGACAUAAUAUUUGUCUUAGUUUUUCAGAUCGUUCAGUCUUUUGCUAUGCAUGUGAUAGUUACAUUGAUAGUCCUCAAUUGCAUAGCCUUAAUCGACAACUAAAUCGUGUUUCUUAUUAA